AUGGAGAGCGUGACGGGAAGAGCGAGAGAGCGGGGCGCGCUGCAGCGCUUUAGCCAGAGUAGCCUUCCGCUGUUACCGUGGACUAAACAGAUCCUGAGCGUGCUGUGGGAAAACCUGCGCUUACUGCUUCAGGUCAUCUGUUACAGCUUAAUGACAGUCUUUCAGAUGUUCAGGUUUGAGGUUCACCUGCGCAUCACAGAUGACACAGGAGAGCACAUUCAGCACAUGACAAAUGCCACUAGUGAUUCAGCUGAUGGUUUCCUCCUGUCAUCACUUUUUGAAAGCAACAGGAAUGUUGUAGUGGCAGGUUCAAGUCCACUUUCGAAGUUUACAAGUGAUCCUUUUGACCUAAACUCACACUCCAAGUCUGUUCUGUCAAGUCUGGUAAAUGAUGAUCUGUGCUGCUCACUGGUGGAUGAUUUUGUGUGCCGUGCAACUGGAUGCCUUACCGACGAUGAAGAUAUUUGUGUAGGAGACCAGUAUGGCUGGAAACAUAGCUUUGACUGGAAUUUUCAUAAAAAUUCAGAGGGAAUAUACACUAAUGAUAGUAGCUUUACAAAUUGCCUGUCAAGUCUUUUUGGAAAUGAUAUUCAGAAGCAGGAUGAUUGUCAUACAGGACUAGAAUUCAAUAUAUCCACUUCAAAGAUCACUGGUCAAGGUCCAGACAGUGAUCUCAGCUGGGGCAGCUCUGAUGGUUCAUGCACUGACGUGGAGCGACAGGAAAGUGAUGGACUUUGGGACCUCCUUACUAGAUCAAAUGAUCCCUACCACCCACUGCACUUCACAGCAUGUCUGACCAGUGCAAUUUCUAACCAACAAAAGAAGCAGUGCACGUCAUUAUCAAUUGGUGUGUCCUCCUGCUCAGAGUCAAGUGAGCAGGAAAACACAGGGGCUAACAAUUCAGAAGACGAAGAGGAAGCAUUGUGGAAGUCUCUGUCUCGGGAUGAUGACCCCUACUACCCUCUGAAUUUUAGAGCUCCUCUCAAGAGCUCACAAGUGUGUAUGGAUGACCAAGAUGAAGGUUCAGCUGACUUUCAUCAGCUAAACCCUAAAACGACUAGAUACCCAACAAAUGCUAGGUGCAGGAAGCCAUGUUUGAUGCCAAGGAAGGUUGUAAAUCACAGGUGUCCUCUUCUCUGUGUGGAAAAGCUGACUACAGUUCCCUGGAAAAGACCUACAACUAAAACUAUUAGUGCCAGCACAAAGAAGAAGACUCCUAGCAUUAAGAAGGUAAAAUUCUCUCCAGUUGUACAAGUUCACAAGAUGCGAGUGUGGUCAUUUGCCCUUCAAGCAUGCCGUAAGGGGCCGUGGGAGGAAUAUGCUCGGGAUAGAACCCGCUUCCAGAAGAGAAUUUUGGAAACUGAGCAGGUCAUUGGAUAUUGUUUCAAUCCAUCACACAGAGACAAGUUCUCAGCCCUUCAACAAUGCACACUGACCAAAUAAUGAGACUCCUAGCUACAACAUUGGAACAUGUAGAGGUUUUUAUAAAAAACAGACCUAAGUGAUGUGUUAUAAAUGCAUUUUUCUACCUAAUGUUGUAAAGUCUAAAUAACGUUUGUUCAGUGCCUCACUGAGCAGUGGUAGACGGUAAUGUGACAGCAGUUUGUAACUAUAAGUGUAGAUGGUAUUUAUAGUAGUAUGUCAUUUUUUCUAUGAGGAUAUCAUUUUUUUUCAUAUUAUGUAUUUGAUUACAAUUUGGUUGUGGAAAAAUGUGAAAUAAACUAGUUUUUGCAGAACAA